GAGAAUAUUAAAUGAAUAUAUAGUAGGAUAUGCACUUUCAUUAAUUUUAAACAAAAAAACAACAACUAAACACAAACAUUGGGAAAAAAGAAAUACGUUUACGUGCUUGCCUUUUUAAUUCACCUUAUAUCUCCGUAAAUGUGCGCCAAAAUCUACAUUCUCAUUUUCAUGCGCAUGUCCCUGCUUCACCUCCAGAGCCACUUCCUCUGUAACUUGAUAGUUGACUGUAAUACGUGUAAUAGCCAACAGUGAGGGAAAUUCAGGGGGAAAUUUCUGCAGACUUUUGGAUAUUGACGCACAGACACUCUGGCUGCGUGUGUGAGGUGCCACAUCGAAAAGGAAAAUAAACCGCGGAAAAAAAUGAGCAUCAUGCUGCUGAUCCUGCUGCAGUUGUCGGUCCUUGUGUCGUGUGCACCUCGACAGUGUGACCCAGGAUUUCGAGGACUGUGCAAGCCAACAGUGGAAGAAAAACCCAAAUGCACGGAUGUGUUACUGUCCUACUGCGACGACAUGUCCUACACUCAGACCAUGUUCCCAAACAUCCUCGGCCACAAGAGUCGCGAAGACGCCGAGGCCGGCGCCGAGUACCUCCUCAUGAGCGUGGUCGAAUCUCUGCUCGGGGGAGAGUGCAACCCUGAAAUCCGCAUGCUGGGCUGCUCUGUGUUGGCCCCGCGCUGUGAGAAGGAGAAGGUACUGAAGCCCUGUCGCACCACCUGCGAUACGGUGCGUAAAAGAUGCAGCCACGCUUUCGAGGGGAUAGAGAUGGCCUGGCCCUACUUUCUGGACUGCGAUCGCUUCUUUGUCAGCGACCAAGAGGGAUGUUACGACCCGCUGGAGGGCCUCACAGCAGAGCAGGAUGUCGAGGAUGUCGACGGCAUGGCGAUUCUUCCUCCUGAGGCGCCGGCCACCACCAUGCAGUUCAUCUAUCACACCAACGCUCAGAUGAUCAGUAUCUUGAAGAAGACCGAGGAACAAUGCUCAGAUAUAGCGAGAACCUACAGCAUCGGCCGCAGCAUGGAGGGCAGGGAGCUGCUCGUGAUCGAGUUCUCAAACAACCCCGGUGAACAUGAGCUGCUCGAGCCGGAGAUAAAGUACAUCGGCAACAUGCACGGAAAUGAGGUCCUGGGCCGCCAGCUGCUGAUCUACUUGGCUCAGUACAUGUGCUCAGAGUAUUUGCUGGGGAACGAGCGCAUCCAGAGCCUCAUCAACACCACCCGCAUCCACAUCCUGCCCUCCAUGAACCCUGACGGAUACGAGCUGGCUGUCUCUGGACUCCAGGACAAUAACUACGGGGAUGAUGAGGAGGAGGCUCCCAGAUACGAUUCUUUGAACGUCGGCCGGAACAAUGCUCAGAACGUCGACCUGAACAGGAACUUCCCAGAUUUGACAUCCGUUGUUUACGGCCGACGCAGACAGAAGCGCUACCGCACCGACCACAUCCCAAUCCCAGACUAUUACUGGUUUGGUAAGGUUGCACCAGAGACUUACGCUGUCAUGAAAUGGAUCCGCUCCAUCCCGUUUGUGCUGUCUGCUAACUUCCAUGGUGGGGACCUGCUGGUGUCCUACCCCUACGAUCUGUCCAAACACCCGCUGGAACGCAACAUGCUCUCCCCAACACCCGACGCCAAGGUGUUCAAGCUUCUUGCGAGAACAUAUGCAAACGCCCAUGAGACGAUGUCCAAUGAAAAUGCCCAGUGUGGAUCGUCUCGUGGUAUCAGUCAAAAAGGAACCAUCAAUGGAGCGCAGUGGUCCAGCUUUGCAGGUGGCAUGCAAGACUUCAACUACCUUCACACCAACUGCUUUGAGGUGACCGUGGAGCUGGGCUGUGAUCAAUUCCCGGCUGAAGAGGAUUUGUAUAUCAGCUGGCACGAAAACCACGAGGCUUUAAUCACAUUUUUGGAAACAGCCCAUCGAGGUAUCAAAGGCGUCGUCAAAGACGAGGAGGGAAAUGCAGUCAAAGGUGCUCGAAUAUCAGUCAUAGGAAUACGCCACGACGUUACCACAGCUGAAAACGGAGACUACUGGCGCCUCCUCACCCCUGGCGUCCACAUCGUGAUCGCCUCGGCCCCGGGCUUCUCCAGAGCCACGAAGAAAGUCCACCUGCCUCUUCACAUGCACACGGCAGGCCGGGUGGACUUUCUGUUGCAGAAAGCUGCACUAGAGCUUGACACGCAAGAGCAGGACGAAGCCCUUCUGUCUAUGGGCACCUAUGACCAAUUUGACCCUUAUAAUCAGUACAAGCGCUACACCCUGAUGCCUGACGUGAGCAGCAACCGCGAGGAGAGAGCAGAGAAGCCCUGGUGGUGGAGCUACUUUUCCUUAUCAGGAGGCCCCGCACCAACCUGGCUGCUCAAACACAAUUAGAGCUUUUAAUGGGAGAAGGGGAAGAAUAGCAUCUCUUUCUACAGUAUACACGCACAAUCUAGCUAUCGUGUAACAAUGGAUGUGCUGCUUUUUGUUGAUGCUGCACUGCAGAAUAGUGUACAAGCACUUCUACCUACAUGUGCUCUGUUUGGUCCCAAGUCAAUAAGAUAACUUCAGUUAUUGACCAUGAUGAAAUGAAAGUUUUUUUUAAAGACUUUUAUAACAAUUUAUAACUUUUAUAAGAACUUUAGUUUCAUUAAAGUUAUUGUAUACAGUCACAAUGCGAGUCCUUACAUCUAUUGGGAAGGAAAGGUUAUUUGUACAGCUCCACACAAGAACAACAUUAUUAAAAAGGAAAUUAAUAUGUUGAA